AUGCUAAUCAACGAUUUCCUUGGCUGUUGGCUGAAGUGCUAUUUUACAUGUAAACUUGGAUGCAUGUUUCUUGCUACGACUGUUGUUUUGAAAUAAGUUCAAUGUUUUAGCUUACGUAGCAGGUACUUGGACUCUCGGGCUCAGACUUCAGUAUGCUGUUUUUUUCAGUUCAGACUUGUUUAUAAUACAUGGUUCGAGUUAUCGAGGGUAAAAUUGUAGAGAAAUUAUCUGAAGGGAAACAAAAAUUACGUUAAGUUAGCUAGGGUAAAUUACAGUAACUGGCUGUAUGAAGGAAUUCCAGGAGAAAUCGACUUGAGUAAGCGCGAUGUUCCAGUUAGCGAGAAUUUGAACAAUCGGGAUGGAUAGAAGGUUUGAUUUCGCAAUUUGGCGACUGAGUGACGCCUGUGUUGCGUAAAGAAAUUUAAAUAUUUGCCAAAAUAACAAGUUUUUUCUCAUUUCGUACCAACAUUGCAGGAAGGAGAAAGGAGAUUGCUGCAGAAGAAAAUAACUCAAAGCAGCGAGCUAACUAAAUGCCGUAAACAAAAUAUAUGUAGAACUAAGUGAUCCUUCACCAAAACAGAGAUGUAAAUUACAGUGUCACAUUACAGAGUAGUUGAUCCAUCAAAAUAGUUGCAAAUUGAUAACUGAAACUGAUUUUAGUUGAAACCUUUUUAUAACCUCUGUGAAGUCUACAAAUGAAGAGUCAAGCGAAGAACAUAAAUUAAAAAUAUUAAAAACAAUGUUCAUUUGGUCAAAAAACUUGGAUCACUUUUAGCCCCGAUAACAUAAAAUUCUAACAUUUGAACGUGCCUUGAAAGUUUGAUUUAUGCUAACAAAUUAAAGCCACCUGCACAAGUACAACUGCACUCGCUUAGCCAGCGAUGUAAGAACUCAAAUAAACCGAAUACACGCAAAUUAUAACGAUCUGCGUGUCAAGUUUUACAUGCAAAUUUUCCUUAUUUGCGUGUAUUUUCUUGUGUAUCUUUGCGUGUAUAUUUUUACACGAGGGUUUCACGAGUGUUUUUCUCGUGGAAUUUGCAUGCAAUAUGGCGGAUUUCCACGCAUGAAACAUGCGUGUAAUGCUGCAAUGCCUGUGGCCUGUACUGUAGCCUAACUUUAAAUCAUUUGUCACCAUUUCAUCUGGUCUUAUGUCACUGUUUUGAAACCAUGUUGUUUGUUGGAAUUUUACCCUAACAUGGCCUCUGUAUUAAACGCAAACAUGAAAAUUGAUACUAACAAUGCCUGGCUUUCUCAACAAUACAGUUUACCUGAAACAAACUGUUUUUGGCUGCAAAUGAAACUUGCAUCAGACAAAGUGAUUAAGACUUAGUGUUUCCCAUUACAGCUAGGUUUAAUAAUGUAAUGUGUUGCUUACCUCUAGAUUUUGUCAUUGGGAGGGACAUUGUCCUUUCUGAGUUAGAACCACUGAAAGAUAUCCUCAGUUGUCUACCAUAUAAAGCACAGUAUGGAACUAAGAACUUAAUGGGUCAUGUCUGGGACCGUACCAAAGGACAUGGAGUAAAGAACUUGUUCAAUGCCCUGAAAGAGAGAGCUCAUGACAAUUUUAAAUCCUUCACGAUCGAGUACACUUGUUUGGAUGUUUCAUUUGAUGCUAUAGUGCUUGGCACAAAUUUAGGAGCUAUUUUCCUGUAUGAUCGGACUUGUAAGAGACUGUCAAAACUUCCAUCAGAGGUGAGUUUUUUUUGCUUAGAGCAUGUGGUAUAGUUUCUACUUUUCAGUGCAACCUCUUUUCAGGAGACACCCUUGGGACUAACACAAGUGUCUGUUUUUUUUCUUCUUGACUAAUAAUUAACCGACAAAUAAAGUAUAAAAUGUGCUUUUACUCUGGCUUGCAAUCUGCUGCAGUCAUUAUUUCAAGCAGCUAGAUAAUGUGUAAAAAAUCAUAAAUAACUUAUCUCUUCAAUGUUGUGUGUUAAAAGUGCAGUACAUUGAUUUUAAGUGAGAUACAUGUAGUUCAAGUUUUGAAUAAAGCUUUUGCCAUUGUGACUAGUGAACACUUAAACUUGCAUGUAUCAACAAAUGUUUCUGGUCUGUCACUUUCUGGGUGCUAAUUAAGGAAAGGUUUCCCCAGAAUGGAGGUUAAACCCUGGUUUCGGGACCUAGAAACAGUGUCCAUUUCCCCUGAAUAGAGGUGUGCCUUCAAUAGAGGUAACAUGUACAAAGAUCCUAUCAACAUUUUUCCAGGAACAAAUUUUGUAGUCCCUGAAUUGAGGUGUCCCAAAUAAGAGGUUCCAAUGUAUACUACAUGUACAUGUACAUGUUGGCUGACCGGAUUGACCUGCCUCAUGGAUCAUUGAUUAUAAGUUCAAAAAAUCUCUGCAACAAUUCUAUUUAUAAAUUUUUACCUUUGUGCAAGUCAAAUUACAUGUAAUACAAACUUUAUUGGCGGUUUUUUGAUCAUGGACCACUGAACUCAGGUGAUCAAAUUAUCUAUGGUCUUUAAUUUAGACAAUACACAAGUUUUCAAUAUGUUUAGUUGCUAACAAGAAAUUUACUUUUUUCUGUGAUCAUCAAUUGAGCGUUUUCCAUCAUCGAUUAUCACAUCCCUUAAAAGUUUUGAUCAAUGCCUGAUUAUACAUUGUACUAAUAAAUUGAUUAUUGGCACACCACCAAUCGUUAAUUUUCAUACUAUGGAAAUAGGUCUGAUGUAGGGAAAACCUGAAUUUUUUUUGUAUUUUUUAGGUAACUCAUGAGCCUGCCAAGUGCGUGCGGCUUUUGCCUGCCCACAGUUAUGCAGCAGUUGGCUUUAACAGUGGACUAAUCACAAUUUUUACGUUUGUUUUGGCUUCACAAGGAUUUGGCAAGGUACAAUGAGAAUAGAUGCACAUGUAGUUAAGAUAUAGCCAUCUAGUUGGUUCUGGAAUAAUUUAUGGAAAGUCAUCAUUAAAUCUCACCUCGUUCAUUUUGCAAUGUUUUGUCAGAUUUUUCCUUCAUUUGGGGGUCACAUUAGGAGUUUGAGCCACUUUGAGCCACCCCAGUUUGAUACCCCUAUUGUGCCACUCUAUUUUGUUUAAUGUGCAUUGAUUUCUCUGUUGUCAUUCCAUUUGUGUGGCUGAAUCCAUGGGGUGGCAAGAUGAAAUGAAUCCUGUGUUGUUAUUUGUGACCCUGGAGGGGCAAGGUGGAACCAUCUGGAACACUCACAGUUUCUUGCACUGAUCUAACAAGAAAAAGUUCCCUUUUUGGCCAUUAUCAGUGUUUUCAAAAUCAGCCGUUGGCCGUCGCAUCCGACGGCAACUUUUUGAUUUGCGACGCCUACUUUCCCUUAGGUAAAUUAUAUGACAAAUAAAACUUUUGAUAAAAAGUGGUAAGUGUUCACAAAGCUGUUGCGAGCAAGCAAACUUGAAAUUUUUCUGGAGAAUUUCGCCAAAACAUCUUGAGUCUGCUUUUAAAAUACGUUCUCUGCGUAAUGUUGAGGACUAGUCGAAGACUGGGUCUCAGUUACAGGGAACAUUGUAGUUAGUGGUUUCUGAAGCGACUCUAUAUAAAACGCCACAUUUCGUCUCCAAGAACACGGCAGAAUGGCAGAAAAGCGACAGCGUGGUUUACGGGAGACGUGGUCGCUGACAGUGACAAACAAGAAAAAGAAAAAGGAUGCUGCGGGUAAUAAUGUGGUUAAAGCGUACCCUAAUAUUGUGGUUAAUAAAGUUACUAAAAGCAUCAAAAUUUAUCAGUAUUUUCGAUAUCUAAAAUUUGCUAGUUCUGCGUCUCAAAAUGCGGGAAAAUGCGCCUUCAAGAGUCUAGAAAUUCAAAAUUUCCUUGGGGGGGCAUGCCCCCAGACCCCCCUAGAGAGCAAGGCCCUCUGGGCCUUGCAACUCCUACUCAAAUAAACGCAACUCUUACUUCAAAAACUGUUGAAAACCCUGAUUAUAAUAAAUCGUUUAUUGACCAGGCUAAUGUUUGUUCAAGAUGGCUGGAUGUUGGCCUUGUUCUUUUUUGCAUUUUUAUUGACCUCAAUCUCUCCUGAUUUUUUCUGAGGGGAGGGGGGCAUCUGUACACAGGCUAAAAUUCAUUUUGAUCUGUAAAAAUGUAAAGAUGAACUUGGCCAAGAAACAGCCAUGUUGACCACGUGCUAGGUCAAUAAGGCACGUUUCCGCUUACUAACCUAGUGCGAGGGCUGUACUGGGGAAUACUGGCCCAAGGACGUGGCAGUACAGCCAUCGCGCCUGGUUAGUAAGCGUUUAAUAUAAUUCUGGUAUUUACAACCUGUAUCUGUAGCUUCAGGCCAUGCAUGUAAGUGGGGCCCAUAACAGUCCAGUCACCUGUCUGGAGUGGUCCCCUGAUGGAGAACUGCUUUACAGUGGGGAUGUACAGGGCAAAGUUUAUGUCACUGUGGUAAAGCUUCAGGAGGUAAAUAAUAUGUUGUGUACAAAAAAAAAUAAUAACAAACACAGUAUUAAUGAUAACUGUUUAACAAUUAUUCCUGUCCCACCCUCAUGGCGUCUGAGUCAAAAGCCUAUGAGACCAAAGGCCAAAUGGGCUAUUGACUCAGAGGCCAGGAGGACGAGAGAAAUAAUGGUUUUGUAAAAUCCAACUUGUUGGUCAAAAAUAGCAAAACACGAUUCAGCCGCCAUUGUUUUUGUCAAAGCUGGCACUUUUCACUACUAGUGGGCUAUAACAUAUUAGAGAUAUAGCCUAGUAGUAGCUCAACCAAUCAGAACGCAGCAUUGAUAAUAGACCACUAGCUGGAUUUUACUAAAAUGGUUUAGUUCUAUCUAGAAGUACAGUAACAAUGGUGAUAAAAUUGUAAAACAGCACUUUGUUAAGUAAAUAACUGUAGUACAAUUAAAAAGCUGGGAGCACGAAUAACCUAAAUGCCUUUUUUUUUUUAAUCCCACAACGUUAUUUUUUAACUGUAGAAGACCUGAAUUUUGGCAUGUGACAUUUUUUUUACAUGUAUACUAUCGUUACAUUUUCCUCAACUUAACUUCUCUGGUUUGCACCUGACCUUUUCAACCACAGAUUUCAAUGUUCAUAAAUACCAGUGUUAAGCAGAAGGUGAUUUCUAUUUGACGAUCUUAGACAUUUAACCAUGAACAAAGAAAUGUGUGCCACAAAAAAUGUUUAAAAGUUAAAAAUCAGCUUAAAAAACAAUGUUUUUUUUUUCUCAAAUAGGAACUUACUCAGACGGCGAUGAUUUUACAAGAGGCUUCUCCCAUUGUCCAGCUGUCAUAUUCAUGGGAUGCUCUUUUGAUUUCAUCUGAGAAAAGGACUGUUCUGUGGGACUUUCAUUCUGAGAAGGUUACUCAAGUUGGACAAAAAGAAAGGAAAAGGUCAGUGCAUGUUAAUGAAAUUCUCCCAUUUUCUUUUGGUUAAAUAAGAAAAAAAAAAAUGGUUACACUGUAAUUAAUGCUUGAAAUGCUUUCUGCUGAGGAAAACUACGUCGAAGUUAAUUCCUAUCCUAAGGUUUGUGCGCCAUCCAUUAUUGUACCGCUGUUCAUUUCUUUUACCCUUUUAUAUGUUUUUAUUCCUGCUGGCUAACUAUUGUUUGUAACCAAAAGAAAACCACGGCUAACUGUGUAGUGCAAAGAACCUUCUGGACAAAAUAUACUGUAGAUUUUUACGAUCUACUUGCCAUUUUUGUGGGCCAUACUCGAGGAUGGAUAAGAUAUUUUAUUUUUAAUAUAUGAAGCCGUCUACGCGGAGAGCAUAGAAAGAAUUUUUAUUUUUAGAACAGUUUCGCUUCACCUUUUCCUAAUUUUGGACUAAUACUUGACGGUAAAGCUAAGAGAAGUCGGACGCACUCACUAAUCUAUGAUUACUACUAGUUUAUUUAAUUAUGCUGUAUUUGCUUUGCUCGUUUAGUCCAGGACGAUUUGGAGCCAUGUUCUACCCUCCAGCAAGAGGAACAUCAGACGAGAGGUUGAAGAAGCAACCGACUGUGUACACCUCAAGGCCAGGCCAACGCCUAUGGACUGCGGACACCAAUGGGAAGGUCUUGUCAACUCUAAUGUACAAGGGUUUGACUAAUGAAAAUCCCCCGGGUAUAAUGAUACUAAACCCCUUACCGCCCACGCUGACAAAACUUCCACCAGACUAUCAACCCCAGUUUGGCUCCCUGAGACUGUUGCACGGGCAGUUUUUUGUUACCUGGGAUACGUCACGACUGUGGGUCCUAGACCCCUCGCCUUGCGCCCUUGUUGGUUACCAUGGCAACCUUGGUGACAUUGUGGACGUCAGUACCGCGGGCCAUGAGAUUUACGUUUUGCAGCGGGGAGGGGAGAGGCGGCUGAUGAAGCUGAGUUUGAUUCCCAGACUGGCUAAUCCUCUUGUGGAUGUUGUUGCGCUUAUGGAGCACAGCUAUAAAAGGGAGGAGGAGGAAAAUACAAAGCAGCCACAGCUGGAACGCAACAAACAACUGCCACUUGUAAACAAUGUAAGUACAAGAACAGAUAACUCGUUUUCCAAAAGUUUUCCCUGCAACUCUUCCCACGAAAAUGAAGCUUACUUACAAAAGAGAAAAACAACAUUAACAACAACAAAAACAAAAAGUGGCAAGAGCUAGGGCAGGAGAGAAAGCGAAACGUAAAAGUCAAUACUGUGUGUCACUUUUAAAACCCAUAAUGCUCGAAAUUAUUAUGUUCAGAUUAAAUAAUUUUUUGGUGAGUUUGUAGUUUGUUGGGAUUGAGGUAUACCUGUAGCUGUGUGUAGCUGCACCUUUAUUGUAAUGUUAGUAUUGUUAAAACGUUGUAACUCAGGAACAUCCUCUUGGGAAACCUAGUCAACUCUACUGCAUUGUAUUUGUAUUAUAAAUCAUUUGCAGCUCUACUCUGCUACAACUGUUUCUUUACGUUAUUUCACGCUUGUUUUGGAAAGGCGAUUUUAGAAAAUGUCCAAGCUGAUAUGCUGUAUUACGCGACUUGCGUGUUUCAGGACAAGAUCUCUGAGCCUGUUUCAGUAGGGACUUUUGAUGCGUCCGAAAAAAGUAGUUCACUGGCAGUCGAUCAUGUGGAUCCUUUUAAAAGAUACCAAGAUAUAAGACAUCAAGACUUUGGAGAGAUCGUGUUUCGAAAACAAAAGCGGAACAAAAAAAAAUCUAACAAAGGUAUGUUUUUAGUACAAGAAAGCUAUUGUUACGUUUCACAAUAAUAGCGGACUCUUACAGCUAAACUCAAAGAGGUUUUCUUCUCUCACUUAAGGUACCGAAAAACGGGCAACAAAAAACGUGCAACUUGUCUUGCAACAUUGCUGCAAAAAUUUGAAUUUGAAUAGCGAUGUUGCGCGUUUUACCACCCAUGUUCAAACCUGUUAACAACCUGAAUUGUUGCAAGACAGGUUUAAUGUUAGUGGUAAAACGCGCAACAUCGCUGUUCAACUCGUUUUGCAGUAAUGUUGCAAGAAAGGUUGCAUGUUUUUUGUUGCCCGUCUUUCCGUACCAUUAGCGAUAGAGAACUUUAGGAAUACCUUAGAUAACUGGUGUCAAGAAUGUCCUUCACCCUCUUUAAAAGUACCAAUUCAGGAGCUAGCAACGAGGGAAGAGGAUGCCUCAUUGAAGGCGUGAAAGUUGUUUGAAUAAAGUUUUAAGCUUUGAAUAUGCGAAGGCUGUGCCAUUAUUAGUGUGGUAUAUAAGUAUUCUUGAGCUAUUCGAGCUUCUGUUGUGCAAUGCACUGAAUAUUAUCGUUGCUAAUGAUUUAUCAGAGUAGACUGAACAGUCAGGAUUUGAAAUAACUUCCCGGAUGGAGGCGGUCCAGUUUGUCCGGUCAAACCCAUUUUUGGCCGGAAAAAGGUCUAUUACGUCAUAUCUCUAUUGUUUUAAAAUCUGAAGUUUCUGAAUGACAUUUCCAUUAGAAGUGUAAACAACGAGACCAAAUGUCCGGUUAUCCAACAAUUUGACCGGACAAAGCCUAUUUUUGACCGGACACUGUCAACUGGCCGGCCGUUAUUUCAAGCCCUGCUUACAGCACGUGUUCGGUUGACCCUGGGUGGGUACCCGGGGAAGGAACUGCUGAUGUCCUCAGUUAUAUUUCUACUAACAGUUUAGAGAGCAGUACAAGCAGUGGAAGCAGUAAAUUGUAAAGCGGAUAUGCUUCAUUCUCAGAUUCUUCAUCCAAAACAGUCUCCGAUACCGAAGACGGGAUUAGAGAUCAGCCAACCGCAGCUGACAUUACCCAACCCCCCGACCGUAAGGACGGAGAUGACCCGUCCGACUGCCCUGACGGUUUCGACCCUACACUGAAUAGGUUGUCCAACAUCUCGUCGGACUUCGACUCAGGUGACAGGAAUAGUGAGACAUCCUCUGGGCAAAACCAAGAAUCAGAAGGAGAGGACAAGCUAGCCUCUACGCAGCCUCAGUUAACGGCGGUCCACGUUACACGACAAGGCUCGCAAGAAAAACAUGACGUCACUGAUGUUAGUUGUGCAUCAUGCGUCUCUCACCCAGCUUCUUAUAGCGUAGCAGAUGACGUGACAACUCAAGAAUUUUUUGUUACCUGGGAUACGUCACGACUGUGGGUCCUAGACCCCUCGCCUUGCGCCCUUGUUGGUUACCAUGGCAACCUUGGUGACAUUGUGGACGUCAGUACCGCGGGCCAUGAGAUUUACGUUUUGCAGCGGGGAGGGGAGAGGCGGCUGAUGAAGCUGAGUUUGAUUCCCAGACUGGCUAAUCCUCUUGUGGAUGUUGUUGCGCUUAUGGAGCACAGCUAUAAAAGGGAGGAGGAGGAAAAUACAAAGCAGCCACAGCUGGAACGCAACAAACAACUGCCACUUGUAAACAAUGUAAGUACAAGAACAGAUAACUCGUUUUCCAAAAGUUUUCCCUGCAACUCUUCCCACGAAAAUGAAGCUUACUUACAAAAGAGAAAAACAACAUUAACAACAACAAAAACAAAAAGUGGCAAGAGCUAGGGCAGGAGAGAAAGCGAAACGUAAAAGUCAAUACUGUGUGUCACUUUUAAAACCCAUAAUGCUCGAAAUUAUUAUGUUCAGAUUAAAUAAUUUUUUGGUGAGUUUGUAGUUUGUUGGGAUUGAGGUAUACCUGUAGCUGUGUGUAGCUGCACCUUUAUUGUAAUGUUAGUAUUGUUAAAACGUUGUAACUCAGGAACAUCCUCUUGGGAAACCUAGUCAACUCUACUGCAUUGUAUUUGUAUUAUAAAUCAUUUGCAGCUCUACUCUGCUACAACUGUUUCUUUACGUUAUUUCACGCUUGUUUUGGAAAGGCGAUUUUAGAAAAUGUCCAAGCUGAUAUGCUGUAUUACGCGACUUGCGUGUUUCAGGACAAGAUCUCUGAGCCUGUUUCAGUAGGGACUUUUGAUGCGUCCGAAAAAAGUAGUUCACUGGCAGUCGAUCAUGUGGAUCCUUUUAAAAGAUACCAAGAUAUAAGACAUCAAGACUUUGGAGAGAUCGUGUUUCGAAAACAAAAGCGGAACAAAAAAAAAUCUAACAAAGGUAUGUUUUUAGUACAAGAAAGCUAUUGUUACGUUUCACAAUAAUAGCGGACUCUUACAGCUAAACUCAAAGAGGUUUUCUUCUCUCACUUAAGGUACCGAAAAACGGGCAACAAAAAACGUGCAACUUGUCUUGCAACAUACUGCCCUAAAAAUCGUGUAACAUCACUUAAAGACUCAGGCGCGGAUCCACACCGGUUUCCACCGUUUUACGAAAAUCGGUCAGAGUUUUCAUAGAUAAAUAAAUUUUCGUGAAAAAACUUUACAAGUUAAAAUCCGACCAAUAUCCUGACUGAAUGACUCAGAAACCCAGGAAAAGCGACUUUGGGGAGUAAAAAAAAAAAAUAAAAAUUCACGGGGUGCAUGCCUCGGACCCCCCUAGAAGCUUACGCCUUCGACGCUCGUUUUGGAAAACGGUCAGUAUUUAUCCUAGAUCCGCGCCUGAGACUGAUCCGUUGGGUGUUUUGGAACCAGCGCUAGAUGUCCGUUUUAGGGAGGUGUCGUUUUUGAGGGGCCAAUUCUAGAUGUCUUCGCUUUAGGAAGGUGUCCACCUUUUAGGGAACAAAUCUAAAUGUCUGUUUUAGGUUGGUGUCCGUCCUAUAGGGACCAAAUGUAGGUGUCGGUUUUAGGGAAUUGUCCACCUUUUAGAGACCAAAUGUCGGUGUCUGCUUUAGAGAGUUGUCGCCUUUUAGGGGCCAGAUCCAGGUGUCCUCUUUAGGGAGGUGCCCGUCUUAUGCAGUUGUCCGUUAAGAGGGAGGUACAGUGUGCAGGUAACUGCAUUUCCAAACACUUUUGAAUUUUCUAACUUUUUAAAGUAAGUGCAAAGUUAAGAAGAGACCUGAAAUGCUCCUUAGCUUGAUGCUCAGCAAACAUACAUCUCAUUGUCUUGUUUUUAGCUUAACGGUGACGUUUUCAUGAGAACAGACGUGUCCAAGGAACACCCCACAGGCAAAGGAUGGCGAACCAUUCUAACAGACAGUAAAUUUGUACAGGCGUCCUGUUUUAACGGCUUGGCGUGGUUCGUGGACCAGACAAACUGCAUCCACGUUUAUAAAGGUGUUGUGUUUUGUCAUACUUAAUUAUUUAAUGUCUAAAACUGAAAAAGCGAAAUUAGAAAACAUGACAAAUCUUAGAAUGUGCUUCUCGAUCUUGAUGCCUUGCUCAACCCUUAAGCUUGGGGUAAAUGUUAUAAAACUUUUACAAGUGUAAUUUACAAGUGUAUCCAUUGUUGUAGAGUCUGAAAACAAUUGCUAUACCUGUAAAUUACACUUGUGAGAGUUGUAAAACCCCUGGUUUUCGUUUGUUGGGAAAAUCUUACCUUAGCUCCAGAGGUCCGUUCGCAGAAUCCUUUGCCCACUAUCUUGAAACCUAGAACAGGCUACCCACCAGAUUGCAUGUACUCUGCCACUAUCAUAGACCGUUCCCGUUGUGUUCAGUAAGAGAAGAGAUAGGGAGGGGUGCUAAAGGGCGAAAUGACGAGUGCUUAUCCCUGACAUUGCUUUUCUCAACUUAUAGGCGUUGACAUGGUAAGACCAGCCGAGAAAACCAACUGGGAAAUGUUGCCAGGUGUGUUUACAUAAGAAGUGUAGUAUGUUUGCUUUUAGAUUGGAUUGAGAUGCAGCUAUAUUAUCUCAGUUCUCCAUUUGUAAACUGUUGGUAUUCCCAUUCAUUCAUUGCCUUUUUGUUGGGCUGCCCGUGAGGGCAACGCCCAAUCAAGAAAUAUCUUCCAUCUAUGUCCAAGAAGACAAAAUAACGGACGGAAAUCCCAGAAGGCUUUGCGUGUCCCAUUCCCCCCUUAAUGGGGCCGAUUUUUGUGGGGAGGGGACCGGUCAUUUCAGGUCGUCUGGUGAACUGACUCGGAAGUCGAUUUGGAACGAACACAAAAUUAUUGCGUGGAGUUGUUGGCCCUAUUUCUACGCCGAAUGAUUAUCUAAAUACCAGUAUUCGAUGAAUGCAAUAUCCGACUGAAAUAAAACUGAAAGUUUAAUUUACUUUGAGAGUUUGAAAGGAAAAAGAAAAUUACUGUUGUAUAACAUUAUUUGAAACCCCGAAAGUUGACCCUGUCACGUUAUAAGCGUAGAACGACAAUAUUUUUUUGGAAUAUUUAGUCACGUUAUACUGUCACGCUAUAAUCUGGGGAGCAGAGGGAUUGAAUUAAGGGGUGCGUUACAGAAUUCCCAGUUAAAAAUAAUGCCAAUAGCUUCUUGUUUCAAAAGGCCAACUUGCCUAUUUUUCUUUAUAACGGUAGAAGUUACUAUACAGCUCCGGCUUAAAAGUGCGCAGUCGGCAGACCAAUGAACCCCCAUUAUGGGGGUCUUGUUUAUUAACAAUUUCGCAUUGGGGAAGCAAGGAUGGCGCAGUGGUGAGAGUACUCGCAGACAAUCAUCAAAGUCCCAAAAAGUUAGCUAAGGUUUGGUGGGAAUCCCAUGCUGUACAAUCUAGGAAGGUGACUUUCACUACAGACUGACAUUUUUGUAUAUGUCUUAGGUAUUACAGCCAAGUGCAUAUGUCUUGGAAUUGAGGGUGUAGCUUGGAUUGUGGACAUGAAAGGCUCACUUUGGUUCACUAACGUUACUCAUGAAAACCCCACUGGCAAUUCAUGGUACCAAGUUUCUCUCGGACAGUACUUGAUGCAAAAUCGCAGUUUACUGGAAGUUCUUUGGUCAUGGGUCUUACGAGGAGACGACGUGAAACUCUUAACUGCAAGCCCCAAAGCGGGAGUCUGGUUGCUAGGGAGUGGGAACUCGAUCCAGUCUUCUCGUGGCCACCUGCUGGGAACGCGAUGGGAUGCAGUAACACCUCAAGGUAUCGCCCAAUCAGUUUUCUGGACAUACCUCUCCGCGGGCUCAUACAGAGGAGAUGCAGGUCACGUGUGGGCGUUACAGCCUAAUGGAGAACUAAUGUGUUUCCAGCCCGGAGCGAGACCGCUGAUUGUUGAGCCUCCGCAAGGAAAGGUUUUAAAACUGAUUUCAGCGUCUUGUAACAACUUGUGGGGAAUCACGCAUAAUUUCAAAGUGGUACAACGAACGGGGAUUUCAGAGACUUGCCCUCAAGGCUUCGGCUGGGUAGAACUGGGGCUGCAGCAGUUUGGCGUCGGUAAGGUUUUUCACCUGAGCUGUGGCUCGCUCAGCACAUGGGCUGUGGACGACAUGGGGAGUGUUUGGCUACGCAUCGGAAAGGAAGACUCUAGCGACCCAUCUGUGACCCAGGCUUGGAUUCCGGUAGACGGGAGUCCCCUGCCGGGAUGCCGCUUUGCUAAGGUAGAAGUAAGCCCAGCGGAUCGCGUUGUCUGGGCUGUGGACGAUCGAAACAACGUGUACGCACGGCAUAAUGUAACACCAAGCUACCCUAUAGGCACCUCCUGGGAAGUAGUACCCGGGACGGGAGUGCGCGACUUAGCUAUCAGCCAGUACAUGGUGUGGGCCACUUGUCCCAAUGGAGAUAUCGUGUGUAGGUACGGGGUCAGUGAGGACAAUUGUCUAGGACACUACUGGAAGAAAGUGCCGGGUAACUUUGAACUGAUUUCCGUCACUCCGGACGAUGAGCUCUGGGCCAUCGAUCAAAAUGGAAAGUUGUUUCAGCGUAAAACACAGCAUUUUUAUGGGACCCAGUCUCCGUUCAAACCGCGGACUUAUAGCGCGUUGUUUUCUGGCGAGGAAGACUGGGAAUUUAUUUGA